AGGGGUGCCAGGGGCCCACAAGUCCAGCAGGGCUGAUGGCAGAGUGGGAUCCAGGGAGCAAUCAGAGCCAGCAGGGAGUUAACGUCUGGUCUGGAGCACUUUGCCAACAGGCCUAAUGAGACCCAGGUGUCCCCUGGCCCCUGAUAGUGUAAGCUGACGCUGGUCGUGUGUGGAAAGGGGGGUUCUGCAGCUCCAGCAGCAGGCGGGGCUGAGGCGGCUGGCCAGGGGCCCAGCACAUAACUGGGCGGUUGCAGUCUGGGGCCUCAGACAACCAGCCGCUCUGAGCCGAACCAACAGCAUGAAGGCCCUCCUGGCCCUGCCGCUGCUACUUCUUGUUUCAACACCCCCCUGCACCCCGCAAGCCACCGGGAUCCGAGGAGAUGCUCUAGAGAAGUCUUGCCUUCAGCAGCCCCUGGACUGCGAUGACAUCUAUGCCCAGGGCUACCAGACAGAUGGUGUAUACCUCAUCUACCCCUCGGGUCCCAGUGUGCCAGUGCCCGUCUUCUGCGACAUGACCACUGAGGGCGGCAAGUGGACGGUCUUCCAGAAGAGAUUCAAUGGCUCAGUUAGUUUCUUCCGGGGCUGGAAUGACUACAAGCUGGGCUUCGGCCGUGCAGAUGGGGAGUACUGGCUGGGUAAGGCAGGGGCCAGAAGGGCUGGGGGCUGCUUCACGCACAGCCAUGUCUCUGCUGACCAGCUCCCUGCAUCCCCAGGGCUGCAGAACCUGCACCUCCUAACGCUGAAGCAGAAGUACGAGCUUCGAGUAGACCUGGAGGACUUUGAGAACAACACAGCAUAUGCUAAGUAUGUUGACUUCUCCAUCUCCCCCAAUGCGAUCAGUGCCGAGGAGGAUGGCUACACACUCUACGUGGCAGGCUUUGAGGACGGCGGGGCAGGUGAUUCCUUGACCUACCACAGCGGUCAGAAGUUCUCCACCUUCGACCGGGACCAGGACCUCUUCGUGCAGAACUGUGCAGCCCUCUCCUCGGGAGCCUUCUGGUUCCGCAGCUGUCACUUCGCCAACCUAAAUGGCUUCUACCUGGGUGGCUCCCAUCUCUCCUAUGCCAAUGGCAUCAACUGGGCCCAGUGGAAGGGCUUCUACUACUCCCUUAAGCGCACCGAGAUGAAAAUCCGCCGGGCCUGAGGGGCUGGCCCUGUCCCGCUCCACCCCUUCCCUGGCUUUCUGCAUCUCCAUGAGUGUCCCUCUGCCCUCCAGGCCCAACAUGAUGCUUCUGCUGUUCCCCGCACACGAGCUUCUCAGCAGUCUUGCAACUCUCAGCCUUCGCUGAUCCCUGUCGCACACUAGGGUGACCAUUUCUAAGCCUCCACCCCCUCCCAAUAGCUGAGAGUCAGGACCCACCCUCUAGGCAUGGGUAUUUGUGUCCCACCUUAGCCAGCUUCCUUGCUGUGGACCUCUGUCUGGGGCACCCUAGACUGAGCAAUGCAGUUUCACCAGCACCCACAGUGUAUUCCAGGCCUCUUGGGCAGCCACUGCACUCCAGCACUCCCUGUCCAUUCUCAGAGCACCUCCUAUCCUUGUCCUCCUUUUCACCUACUCCUUGUGGUGAACACUGUGGACCCUCUGCCCCAUCUCACCACCAUACUCCACAUCCUCCACCUGCAUAGCCCAGCUCCCCAAUGCUCAGUGCCAAAACAAUAUUCACCACAGCUACUGCAAGACACCCCAAAACAGCUACAGGAAAGGUAGGCAUGGGAAUGAGGUCCCCCACCUGCCCCAGGGAUUGAGGUUUGGUCAUAUGAGGGGUAGAGAAUAAGCUGUGGGCUGGGAGUGGGUGGGGAGUGGAGGUCUCAAUAAAUCUUCAGGACCUGAAUGAACUGGCCUUGUGCACACAACGUAUUUGCUUGGCCCCCAAAUGUGGGUACCUGGCUCCUCCUUGUACCCCUACUUAUAUGUCCUGUCCCUACCCCACCCCU